CGUAACUUGGGAGAAUUCUUAAGAAUUUAAAUAAUAGCCGCAAAUGUCCAAGCACACGUUGAUAGGUGGCGGCACGGGCUUCAUUGGCAAGAACCUGUCGAAGCACUUGACCCUUAAGGGCUAUGAUGUGACGGUAAUUUCCCGCAUGCCCGGGCCCAAGCGCAUCACCUGGCACGAGCUGGAGAAGAACGGCAUACCGAACAGUGUGAACUCCGUGGUCAAUGUCACUGGCCAGAAUGUAUUAGAUCCGUCACGCCGCUGGACGCCCGGCUUCCAGCAGAACGUGUGGAACUCUCGCAUCAACUCGUCCAAGGCUCUGGCCAAUGCCCUGACCGCUGCCCCUCAGGUCACCUCCUUUGUGAAUCUCUGCGGCGUGAGCUCUUACCCGCCAUCCGCCACGAAGAUCUACACAGAGGACGAUAAGGUCGAGGGCUUCGACUACAUGUCCAGACUGUGCCUGGCUUGGGAGGAGGCGGCACAUGCUGGAGGCGAGCAGAACUGUAGGACUGCCAUAGUGCGUACGGGAGCUGUGGUUGGACUUGGCGGCGGUAUGAUUGAGUCAAUCUGGUUGCCCUUCAAGCUGGGCGUUGGCGGUCCCCUAGGCACUGGCCAGCAGAUCAUGCCGUGGAUUCACAUGCUGGACCUUUGCAGUCUUAUACAGCACAUCAUAGAGAAGUGCGAGUCGGGCGUGUUCAAUGGCGUUGCUCCAGAGAUAGUAACUAGCAAGGAAUUCUCCAAGGCCUUUGCCAGCGCACUGAACCGACCCUGCAUCUUCAAUGUGCCCGAGUUUGUGGUCCAGGCGAUCUUUGGCAAGGAACGUUCGGCCCUCCUAUUGAGCGGUGCGAAAAUCCAGCCUAAGAAGGCUCUGGCCUCUGGUUUCCAGUUCAAAUAUCCCACGGCCAAGGCUGCCUGUGCGCAGUUGGUGGGAAAGUGAGGGGGGAUGAGCAGAAGAUUACAUGGAAUACCAUUGUCCUCAGUUGUGGUUUAGUUAAAGGAACCAUGUCCUUGUAUGUUAUAUAAAAAGUGGCAAGCGAAAAUUAAAACGGAUUACUGCCAGUGCAGAUCUAUGAAUCAUACCGAGAUAAUGGA